GGCUUCUGGCUCCAUCCUCUCCCCAUUUGCGCUCGGCCAAAGCGCAGGGCAGGCGGGUUUCUGCUCCGCAGCCCAGCGAGAGUUAACGCCGGAGCCGGCUCUCCAUUGGCAGCCGGGGGGCGGCGCAGCCCUUUCGCUGGAAGUUGGCGGGUCUGAAAGGCGCCUGCCGCCGCUCAGCUCCGGGAGGAAGAAGGAGGCAGCGACUGCUCCCUGCACCGGGGACUCCCGGGGCAAACUUAGCCGGCGCUGGCGGAGACCGGGCGCGCCAGGAGGAGGCUCCGGUCUGGGCUCGGCGCAUGACGCUCCCGGCCGCCCUGCUUGGCUGGGAUGCCUGGUCCCCGCGGCUCCGGAGGGAGUGAGCUGCCCCUGCCCGCCUGCUAGGGCUGCGGUGCCCCCCUCCCCGCUCCAUGCCCCGGGCGCCCCCCGGCCCGGCCAGCAUGCUCCGCCUGGGCACGCUGCUGCAGUCGCUCGCCCUGUUCUGCCUCUGCCAGCGCCGCCCCGGGCACGUCUGGGGCAGGCUGAUGGGCUCCGGGGAGCUGGCCGGGAGCGCCGCCGCUGCCUGGGACCCGCUGCCGGCCCUGCCCCGGCGGAGCCGGCGGGGAGCCUCGCCGCCGGCCAACAGCUCCGGGGCGGCGCCCUGGUGCCCGUACAAGGUGUUCAGCGAGGGCCAGGCCAGCGGCCGCCUCUGCUUCCGGAGCCCGGCCCGGGACUUCCAGUGCCCGCCGCCCAGCUGCAAGGCGCACCGCUCGCCGGGCCGCGCCCUGGUGGCCAACGUGCUGCGCAACGGCAGCGUCCUGCUGCAGUGGGGGGCGCCCGGCGGGCCGGGGCGGGACCUGCGGGGCUUCGCCCUCAACUGCUCCUGGGACGGCACCUACACCCGCUUCCACUGCGACAGCGUCCAGCUGGGGGCCAGCUGCCGGGACUACCUGCUGCCCGACGCGCACGGCAGCGUGCGCUACCGCCUGUGCCUCCAGCCGCUCUACCGGGCCGGCGGGCCGGGCGCGCCCCGCGCCGAGUGCGUGGAGUUCAGCGUGGAGCCGGCCAGCAUGCAGGACAUCGUCAUCGCCAUGACGGCCGUGGGGGGCUCCAUCUGCGUCAUGCUCGUCAUCAUCUGCCUCCUGGUGGCCUACAUCACCGAGAACCUCAUGCCGCCGGCCUUCGGCCGGGCCGCCGCCCCCAAGAGGGGCACGUAGGGCAGGGGCCCCGCCCCGGCGGGGGAGGGACCGCUCUAGAACCGGCCCUAGAGCGCCUUCUGCAGGCGGGGGCAUGGAACCGGCCUCUAGAGCUGGGGACUGGAGCUCCCUCUGCAGGCGGGGGCUUGGAAUCUG